AUGUCGUUCCGCGACCUUAGGAAUUUUACUGAGAUGAUGAGGGCCCUGGGGUAUCCACGCCUCAUAUCCAUGGAGAACUUCCAUACCCCAAACUUCAUGCUUGUUUCAGAAGUGCUUCUCUGGCUAGUGAAAAGGUACGAGCCCCAGACUGACAUCCCUGCUGACGUGGAGACAGAGCAGGACCGAGUCUUCUUCAUUAAGGCAGUGGCUCAGUUCAUGGCUACCAAAGCUCACAUCAAGCUCAACACUAAGAAGCUCUACCAGGCAGAUGGCUAUGCAGUGAAGGAGCUGCUGAAGGUCACCUCGGUGCUCUAUAGUGCCAUGAACACCAAGGGAAUGGAGAGGGCAGACGUGAGCGAGGAGGACAGCAGCAAGUUCAAGUUUGAUCUUGGCUCAAAAAUUGCUGACCUGAAGGCAGCUAGGCAGCUUGCUUCUGAAAUCACCUCCAGAGGAGCAAGCCUGUAUGACUUACUGGGCAAAGAAGUUGAGCUGAGGGAAGCAAGAGCUGUAUCUAUUGCCAGACCUUUGGAGAUAAAUGAGGCUGAAAAGGUGGUGAAAAUUGCCAUUGACUCUGUUCUGGAACAAGUCCAAAAGACUAAGGACAUGUUGAAUAACGUGGCUUUGGAUGAAGCCAGUUUGGAAGCCAAGAUUGAAAAACGAAAAUUGGAACUGGAAAGAAGCCAGAAGAGGCUGGAGACUCUGCAGAGCGUGCGCCCUGCCUUUAUGGAUGAGUAUGAGAGGGUUGAGGAGCAGCUGCAGAAGCAGUACAGCAGUUACCUCGAGAAGUUCCGGAACCUGACCUACCUGGAGCAGCUGCUGGAGGAUGACCGACAGACAGAGCAGGAGAUGUUUGAGGAAGCAGCAAACUUGAUGUGCCUCAUGCAGAGCAGGCUGAAGGAAGAGGAGCAGAACCCGCUCAAGAGUGGAGGUAAUGAUGACUCCAACAUGGAGGCUGAGGAGGAGGAAGACCCAGGCAGUGAGGUGGAGCACAGGCAGGACACAAAGCAGCACGGCGCCACGGGAACUCUGCUGCAAGGAAGAGCUGCUGCAAGGGUCGUGGGAACAAUGCAAGGUGGAGACACAGAGGAGGAUGAGGACUCGAGAGACAGUGAGAUUGAUCUGGAUGAAGACGAUGAUGAUGAGGAGGAUUUAGAAGAUGACAGCAUGGAAAUGUCCCCAAGUAAAUCCAGUCAUCGAGCAAGGAAGCCAGAGCCCCUAGGGGAAAGUGACAGUGACUUCUGA